CAAUCGAUCAUACCCAAUAGUUCAUCUUUUGAAGCAGGCUCGGCCGAACACUUGUUUGCACGCGAACAACACAUUCCUCCCGAUCAACAUGUGAAUGCUUUAUUCGACAACAUGCUUGAACGACGUGGUAUCCACGAUGAAAAGGUGAAACAAAGCAUGGAGCAUUGGGAAAAAGAAAAGAAAUGGCUCAUGAUUCAUCAAGAUCAUCAAGCCGAAUUAUUAGCAUCGGGUGUACCGCAAAACCAAUUAGAAUAUGCGGCUCAUAAAAGAACGAGUAUGGAAGUCGAUCGGUUACCGACUGGAAACGGUCCUUUACUAGAAAAAUCCACUUCUACACCCAUUCAUCCAUUAAAUUCAUCCUCAUCCAUACAUAAACAACCCACCAAAUUCAUCAGAAAAUCUCGUAGUAUCGCUAGUUUGGCUUCUCCCAACAAGAAAGAACACGAGGAUCUCAAUUCACCCGAAUAUUUCGUACGCAAGUUCUUAGAUCCCAAUUUACGAUCCGUCACGCCUAAAAUAGCCGCUAGUCUCGAGGUGAGUUUACGAACAAGAUCAAUAGACUGGGUUGUCAAUUUCAUACGCCUAAAAGGAUUUCACGUAUUGUCGCACGCACUCGAUUACCUUAACCACAACAUCAACCGCAGAGACACCGCGAUAGAACUCGAAGUGGAAAUUGUGAAAUGUAUCAAAGCCAUUGUAAAUACAAAAGUGGGAGGAAGAGAAGCUAUGGAUCACCCCGAGUACAUACACACUGUGGUUUUCUCCAUCCAUUGUCCCCAUUGGCAAACACGUAAAAUGGUGUGCGAAUUAUUAGCAUUUUUAUGUUACCUCGAUGGAUACGAACACGUGGUGAUGGGCUUUGAACAGCUAAAGAUAUUCAAAAAAUCCUUGGCCUUGUUUGAUACAUGGAUGCGAGAGUUUUUAGGGACGGUGAUGGGCGCACAGAAAUUACCAGAGAGUAAUUUAAUGGAUUAUGCCUUGUCCAACAUGAUCUUGGUCAAUGCACUAACAAAAAUACCCCCCGACGUCAAUUACCGUAUUUAUAUGAGAAACCAAUUCAAUGCUGCUGGAUUACAAUCAACGAUCUUACCCAAAUUAGAGGAACUGGAUUUCAAUUUGUUAAAUAUCCAAAUUAACUCAUUCAAGCAAGCAGCGGAGAAUGACAUGGACGAUGCCUUUGGUGACGAUAUGCUUAUGGAUUACUCUGCUCCGCCUACAGAAUUAGUCAACCGUGCACUUGAAAACAUUGGGGAUUCAGAACGUGGUAAAGAGGAAUUUAUAUCGAUAUUAAAGCAUUUUUUGUGGAUUAAGGGAGAUGCAGAAACAAAAGCCCAGUAUUACCACAUGAUUAAUAUCAUUGUUCAACAAAUCGUGAUGGAUCGUCGUCCACAUGCCAAAUCAGAAGACUUCAGUUCUACCUUUGGUAUGGCUGUUUCUACCGUCUUUCAAAACUUUCAUGAUGUGGAUAGACUAAGAAGUAUCGAACGUGAGUUUAAGGACUUGCGAGAUCGAUACGACACAUUAUUAGCAGAAAAAAACUGUCUAGAAGCCGAAGUUCAAAAAUUACGUAUCCUACCUACACAAAUCGAAAUCGAAUCCCAACAUCAACGCAAUCUGAAUCUCAAGAACGAAAAUGAUUCAUUACGUGAUGUGUUGAAAACCUCAAAGGAUACCAUCGCCAUGUUGCAAGAACGAUUAGCGGAAGCAGAAGGUCAGGUCAAAGAGAGAAGAAGAAGUGAGAUCUUGGUUUUGAAAGAUGAUUGGAAACGAGUCAACUGUACAAAUUCUUUUGGAUUUGGAAGCUUUCAUUUCCCUUUCUUUGGAAAAAAGAUGAGCAAGCAAAUGGAUUCUUCGUCUUCAACUUAUAGUGAAAGCAGUCAGCCUCGUCGAUCGACAUCUAUAUCUUUCAGUCCAACUGUAUCUAUGGCUUCACCUCCACCUCCACCUCCGCCCCCUCCACCACCACCUCCACCACCACCACCAAUACCCGGAAUCCCCCCUGCACCAGCUGUCAAUAUACCCGCGCCACCCGGAGCUCUAUACCCAUUACGCAAGGAAAUCCAACACUAUCCACAAGUCAAACUAAAAAACUUUCAAUGGAAAAAAUUGGAUGCUGGUGCAGCCAAAAACACGAUCUGGAACAUGGAUGAAGAUGAUGGCUUGAUGCAAGAAGCCUUGAAAGAAGAAGGCGCAUUUGAUAAAAUCGAGACGUUAUUUCCUGCUAAAGUCAAUACGUUUUUGGAAAGAAGAUUGGCUGCACAGAUGGCUGGUCAAAAGUCGGUGGUACAAAGCGAAACAAUCAAGUUUUUAUCCAAGGAUAAGAACCGAAACAUAAAGACUUUCUUGAUUAAUUUAAUCACUUAUUGUCCCAACCGUGAUGAUGAUCUUGGUGUUAUGAAGUCCUUCUUGAACGGUCCCGAACAAGAAUGUCAAAAGCUUGACCCACCUGAAUAUUUCACCACCGAGAUGAUGAGAAUAUAUAGGUAUGAAACGCGCAUAAAAUUCAUGCUAUUCCGUUUACAAUACUGGGAGAAAUUUGAGCAAUUAAGAAAGAGUCUAAGCGUGGUGUUAGAAGCGACCAAUGCUUUACGUCACUCAAAAGCCCUCAAACAACUACUUCAGCUAAUCCUUGUCUUGGGUAAUUACAUGAACAGUACGGGACAACAAGGGGGUGCCUUUGGUAUGAAAAUUGACAGUAUCAAUAAAUUGACCGAUACAAAGGCCUCUAACGAAUCACAAAUGACCUUGCUCCAUUGUCUGGUCAACAUCGUAAGAAGACAUUUUCCUUGGAUCUUGGUCUUUUUAGAUGAUUUAAAAGAUGUCAACCAAGCCGCUCACGUCAUGGUUAGCAUCACGGAUAUUGUCCAGCAGUACACAGAAAUGCGCCAAGGUCUUAAACAACUUAAAUUAGAGUUGGAACUCUAUUGGCCGAACCCUGAAGAACAACAUGAUACCCCAGUCCAUCAUGAUCGAUUUAUGCAAGUGAUGCAAGAAUUUUGCCAAUCUGCCAAUGAACGAUUUGAAGAACUUGAAGCGCUCUAUGUGAAUGUAGAUUUUAAAUGGAAGGAUAUUAUGCAGUAUUACGGCGAGAAUCCAAAAUCCAUGAAACCCGAUGAAUUCUUUCAGAUUUUUGCAAGGUUUAUCAAGAGUUGGAAAAUUGCCGCAGUGGAGGAACAAAGGUAUUCGGAAGGUAUUGAGCGUGAAGAACGUCGAAAACUGGAAUCGGAAGAGAAGAGAAGAGCGGUUUCUGCAGUGACAUCUGUAGGAGAAAUAUCGGAUAGUGAUAGCCAGACCAGUGAGAAUAACGACCGACGUAUCAUGGAUAAUUUAAUGGAGGAGUUGAGGUCCGGUAAAGGAGAGAACAAGAUGAGACAACGAAGAGUUCGUGAGAGGCUGAGAAGGAUCAAGCAUGAGGAAGAUAGACUAAAACAAGAAGAGGAAAAAAUAAAACCCAUUGUCGAGAGAAGGAGAGCUGCUCCUCUUUCUGUUAUCAUCAGUCGAAGAGAUAGCGCGUCUUCUUUAGACACUACUUCAGAUCAAAUGCCGGCCAUUUCCGCAGAGGAACUACUUCGCAGAUUACAGCAGGAAAAUGACGAAACACAACAAUAA